AUGACCCGCUUCCAAAGGUGGGGUAAAGCCAACCCUUUGGAGAGAAGAGCCAUGGUCCAGGUGAAAUUAAGGGAUCUUGAGGAAGAGCAGAGGAAGACAAAGGUUGUGGAGCUAGGAACCCAGGGAGCCUGGACAAGAUGGGUGAUGAGGGACGACCCAACAUGCAAGCUCUGGGGGCAAAAUGGAACGAUGGCACACAUCUUGGCAGGAUGUAAGACCGUGCUUGCCCUGGGCAGAUACAGAUGGUGCCGUGACAAAGUACUGGCUGUUCUAGCAGACAUUCUAGAGCAGGAGAGGACAAGGAAAUGUCAAUAUAGGAACAAGCCUCCACCUGGUAUAACAUUUGUCAAGGAGGGGACAAAACUACCAGGGCCCAACAAAACCAAGGUGUCCAAUUUGUACCUUUAUGAUAGCGUGUUGAUGCUGGCCAAUGCAUUCUACCGGAAAUUAGAGGACCGAAAGUGGCACAGUAUGGCCAGCCUCAACUGCAUCAGGAAGUCAACCAAGCCCUGGAAUGGAGGCUGGUCCAUGCUGGAGACAAUCCAAAAGGGCCAUAUAACUGGUCUCACUGGAAUUGUGGACUUCAUGGACAAUGGAUCAAAUUCCCACGUUCAGUUUGAAAUUUUGGGAACCAGCUUCAGCGAGACGUUUGGAAAAGACAUAAAACGAUUGGCUACAUGGGAUUCUGUCCAUGGCCUGAAUGGAAGUCUAAAGGAGAGCCGUAUCGAGAAUGGCAUGCAGGGGGUUACGGUUAAAGUUGUGACGUUAUUGGAGGAUCCAUUUGUGAUGGUGGCAGAAAACAUCCUCGGACAGCCCAAAAGAUAUAAAGGCUUCUCAAUUGAUGUCCUGGAUGCCUUGGCCAAGAUCCUAGGAUUCAAGUAUGAUAUCUACCAGGUGGCAGACAGCAAAUAUGGUUCUCAGCUCCCCAAUGGCUCUUGGAAUGGCAUGAUUGGGGAACUCAUAAACAAGCGAGCUGAUUUGGCAGUGUCUGCCAUAACUAUAACACCAGAGCGAGAGAACAUAGUGGACUUCAGCAAGCGCUACAUGGACUACUCUGUAGGGAUCCUACAUCGCAAGCCCGAGGAGAAGAUCAACAUUUUUUCCUUGUUUGCCCCUUUUGACUUGGCUGUGUGGGCCUGUAUCGCAGCUGCCAUUCCUGUGGUGGGCGUUCUGAUCUUCCUGCUGACACGGAUGCAGAUGCUCCGCUCCCAGAAUCCUCCAGGAGCCCAUCACACUUCAUCCAUGUCUAACUCAUUGCAUAGUGCUAUAUGGAUUGUCUACGGAGCUUUUGUACAACAAGGUGGAGAUUCAGUGGUGGGGUCUGUGGCAUUGAGGAUAGUCAUGGGCAGUUGGUGGUUGUUCACAUUGAUUGUGUGUUCAUCUUACACUGCUAACCUGGCUGCGUUCCUAACUGUGUCCCGCAUGGACAACACUAUAAGAACGUUUCAGGAUCUUGCAAGGCAGAUGGACUAUGCCUACGGCACCGUUAGGGACUCAGCGGUGUAUGAUUACUUCAGAGCCAAAGGUACAAACCCACUGGAGCAGGACAGCACAUAUGCAGAGCUGUGGAGGACAAUCAGCAAAAACAAUGGACAGGACUUCUCAGUUUCUAGCCCUUCUGAAGGCAUACGCAAGGCCAAAAAAGGACCUUAUGCAUUUUUGUGGGACAUGGCCGUGGUGGAGUAUGCAGCACUGACAGAUGACGACUGCACCAUCACUGUAGCUGGCAACAGCAUGAGCAGCAAAGGCUAUGGAAUCGCUAUGCAGCAUGGGAGUCCUUACCGAGACCUCAUCUCCCAAAAGAUUCUGGAGUUGCAGGAGAAAGGAGACCUGGAUGUCUUGAAACAGAAGUGGUGGCCUCGGACUGGCCGCUGUGACCUCAACAGCCACAGUAAUGCCCAACCGGACGGUCGCUCGCUCAAGCUGCAUAGCUUCGCCGGCGUCUUCUGCAUCCUAGCAGCGGGGCUCCUGUUGGCCUGUCUGGUGGCCGCACUGGAAAUGUGGUGGAACAGCAAUCAUUGUCGGCAAGAGCAGCCCAAAGAGGACAAGGAGGUGAACCUGGAACAGGUGCAUCGGCGUAUGAACAGUCUUAUGGACGAGGACAUGGCACACAAGCAGAUCCCCGCACCAUCUAUCGAGAUCUCUGCCCUGGACAUCGGCAGCAUGCCGCCCAGCCAGCAGCGGGAGGCUGUGCGAGCCUACCCGGGCACGGGUCUGUCUGUGAGCACCUUCAUCCCGGAGCAAGCUCAUGGGGUGGGCCGGAUGCUGGCCCAGGGUCCUGGCAGCACCCUGCCCCUUCCUCUCAGCAGCUCCACCAUGCCCUCCGUCCAAUGCAAACACAGGGCUCCCAACGGGGGUCUGUUCCGACAGAGUCCCGCCAAGACGCCCAUGCCAAUGUCCUACCAGUCAGUACCAGGAGGACCCAUCCCAGAAGCUAUUGAGCAUAGUACAUCCAUCUAAGGUCAUCGUCACCAUGUGCUGCCUCACACUUGCUUUUCAAAGGAAGAAAGCUGAGCUGCUGUUGGAGCUUUGGAAACUGUGGUGGUGUAAAAAGAGGGGGAG